AUGUUGACGAAUGAAGACGUGGAAGAAAAUAUUCGUAUAGACGGUUUUAUGCGGCAUAUUGGAUCAAACGACACAUUGUAUCGGAUUCAGCAUAUUCACCACCUCAUGCAAUACCUCAACCGGACUAGAAAAGUCGAACAAACACGACGCGCCUUGGAGUCACAUCAACCAAGGGCAAGUUUCUACGCGUAUUCCCUAAGGAUAUUUAAGAAAGACAAGUCCUCUAUGUAUCACAUCCACUCGGAAAGUGAACGUCGGGUGUUGAAACCGUUCAAUAGCAUGAUGCGAAACAAAGGUGCAUCUGUGCUUGGAUUCCAUUACCUCUUGCCCGCGCUGGUUUCUACAGGAUGGGAAAUAAACGGACUUCCUAAGCGUGCCAGUAUGAAAUUAAUCUCUAGACCGAAGGACAACCGGGACAAAACCAAGAGGAACAAUGUGAUAUACCAAAUCGACUGCAACGACUGCAACAAAUUCUACGUUGGACAAACUGGGAGAAAAUUACGUACACGAAUAAAGGAACACAACGCGGCUGUCAAGAGGCAUGACCCCCUGUCCUUGAUAUCCAUACACGAGGACCAGGAAGGCCACAAAUUCAACAUGGAAAACGCGAAAAUUUUGGCAUACGGAGACACGCGACACGGAAGAGAAUUUCUGGAAGCAUGGUACUCUACGACAGGUUCAAUAAACCGGUGCAUUGAACUGGAUCCAAUUUACGCACCUCUACGCGCGAGAGAUCAACGUCGCAACCGAAACACUCAAGGAGGACCGAAUAAUGGAUUCACAAACGAAGAAACAAGGAACUCCUCGGAGUCAAAUCAAUGA